UCAUUGGCACACAAUGCUCUGAAUUAUGUUUUGAGUGAAAUUUAGGAAGUGUCGAGGGUUAAAACAAACUAUAAUACGACCUGUGCGUCGGAGUCUAAGAUGGCUGCAGCUCUGGCCAACAGAGCAAUAGGAGCUAUCGUAGGAUCAGCAGUUGCAGAUGCAGCAGCGCAGCCCCUCCACUGGGUCUAUGACCUCCAGAAGCUGCAGGGGAUUCUGGCUCAGGAUCCAAACCCUGAAUUUCGCUCCGAGUCGGCCAACCCGUUUUACAGGAGGCAGACGGGCCAGCAGAGUUGCUAUGGAGACCAGGCUUAUGUCUUGCUGGAGUCCUUGUCCGAAUGUGGAGGUCUAAAUGUUGACGAUCUGAAGCAACGCACCCUGAAAUUCUUUGGACCCGGAUCAGAGUAUGAUACACCUGUCAACGAUCCUUACAGAGAGAGAGGAGGGCCAAGACCUCAGCUGCCUAUCGAGGGACCAUGGAGACAUGGAAGUUUGAAGAGCUUCCUGAAGAACGUGGAUGCUGGCAAAGAGGAGACAGGCUGUGAGACUGACUGUCAGAUUGAUGGAAUAGCCAAACUGGCUCCCAUAGUGGCUUUUUAUGCAGGAAAGCCGGACAUGCUGGAGAAGGUUGAGCAGGCCGUUCGUGUCACCCAGAAUAACGAUGCAUGUGUGGCAGAGACGCUGGCAGCUGCAAGAUUCCUGGAGCAUUUCAUCCUGAAUGGUCCUGAUCCAAAAGCCUUGGACACAGUGCUCGAUCAGCUUAAUGACCCAAACAGGAAGCAGCCACAGGAUCUGGACAAAGCAGUUGCUGGGCACAUUGUUCAGGUGAAGGAGAAUUUAUCCAAGACUCCCCAGGAGCUAAUCCCCACUGUGUUUCCAAACACAUGAGGUUUGCCAGGUGCGUUCCAAGCAGCGCUGCACGGAGUCCUGACAGGCAAGCAGUAUGAGCAGGCUGUCAGAGGCACCAUGAGCUGCGGGGGAUGCACCAGUAGCAGAGGAUCCUUCAUUGGGGCCUGUCUGGGUGCUCAGAUUGGAUUGGAGGGAAUUCCAUCUUCCUGGACAGCGAAAACCCUGCGAUAUGAAUCACUGUUGGAGCAUGCCAAGAAGAUAACUAAACACCACCAGUAGUUAUUCUUCCUCUGGCAGUGGCAGUGUAAUGAGUUUAAUGAUCUAAAGUGGCAAAGAAACAUCAUGAAAAAACUGUUGAGCUUUCACAGAACAGUCAAUGAAGGUUUUUGUCUAAACUGUUGGACGACAAGAGCUAGAUGUUUUUGUUUCUGUUGAAGUUAAACACGUUGGUUCAGAUGUUCUGUACAUGUGUUUUUCUACAAUAAAGUCAUUCUAAA